AUGGUUCCGAUCAACGUCGAAGCCGAGGAGAACUCGGAUGAUGAGGUCGACACCACCCGCGAGCUUCAUGUCGAUGAAGCUCUCAAGCGCUUCCAGAAUGCUCUGAAGCUGCAUGCUCAAGGCCCUCGAUUCUUCGACGAAGCUUCCGACGCCUACGACGAUCUCUUCAAGUCCGAAAUCUUCAAAUACCCCGAGGCUUCUACCGAGUACGAAAGGGCAGAAAGGCAGCCAGAUCAAUUACUCGCCGAUCCCGCUCUCGCCGGCACUCUCGAUCUUCAAUCUGCCGAUGUUGAUACCACCGGCAGCAGUCUUCCUCAAGCCUUCUUCCUUGCAUACAAGAACCGCGGUCAAUUUCUCCUUGAUCGCACCCGACAUGCCGCCCGAGCCGCCGGAGACGAUGCGUCGUCUUACUUCGAGAAGGACGAUGCCCUCCAAAAUAUGCAUAGCGCUCUGGUCGACUUCAAUGCCGCUCUUGACCGCGAUCCGUCCGAUGCAGAGUUGUGGCGACGUACAGCCCGUGUUGCUGCAUCGUUGAAGAGCUCCAGAAUCAACAGAUACUGCCUCGAAGCUGCUAUCGAACUCGACGAUGACCCCGCUGUUCUCGAGGUCGAGCCACCAUCUUUGGCAGAAGGAUUCGCCGGUCAACAACUCAAGGACCAGCUGCAAGCCCUGUCGGAUGAGAUCGCCUUGUCUCACCCCAUCAUGGGUCCUUGGGUAAAGAGAGACAUGCCCGACUUCAUCAAACGACACAUUGAUCCCAUGCCGUAUUUGCCGAAUCCGACAAAGGAAACUGGGUCCGCCCGCACCAAUGUCGAGGAAGCAGGCCUCGCCCGUCUUACUGUAGAGGUCCCAACUGCAUCAUGGGCCGACUUGGGUAUGGCACUCGUGCAGUUCAUACUCGAAAUGGGGCAGACAAGCCGCGGCAUUGUCAUUGAGCUUCCUGAAACGGAUGACGAUGAUGACGUGGUUAUGGAAAGCCAACCAGAGCAGGAAGUACAAGCAAACGGCUCGGAUGGCAAAGAAAAGGGCGAGAACUCGGCCCAGGAGGACAAGCAGGAAACUACGAGAAAGACAGAGAGCGUGGAGCCCGCUGCGAAGGAAACCCCCAAACCUGCCGAGAGCACUCGCAAGGGUCGAAGCGCCUCCCAGCCCUCUCGAAAGCGAUCCCAUUCAGCAGCUGGCAAUCCCGAGGGCCAAGAGGAGGAGAGCCUCGUCGAAAAAAGGAGUAAGCGUAUUAGGAGGCGAGAGACAGCAGCCGCAGAAGAAGUUCCGGACCCAAGUGCCGUGCUUGCGUCCCAGCUGGCCCCUUAUCAAGCCACCGACCAAAAUUUGUUCCAGGCUACUAAGAACAUGCUGGAAAACAUCGGAGUCACGAAUCAGGACACUCUAGACCGCAUCAGCGAAGUGUUGGACUCCCUUGCUGCAGAGGAACGCGGCGCUUCCAUAAAAAACCAAGCGACCUUGGAUCUCCGCAAUGCGAUCGUCUCUUUCAGCGAGGAGAAUGCGAAAAUCUUGCUCAACAAACAGGCACAGGCAUCACUAAGCUUGUCUUCUUUCCUUGAGCAUGCCAAAGGGGGUUCUCAGAAGAUGUCAAUCAUACCACCCUUCAAGGAGACGCAGGGCAUCACUGCUUUUGUAAAGCGCGUAAAUUCCUCCUGGAUGACUGCCCAGGAUGUUGCGUACGAAUGGAUCAAGACGAUAUGUCCCAGCUAUCUCCAAACGAAGUGGUCAGAUGUCUUGAAGACGGCCGUCGUCCAAGUCAUCAGUAGGUUCGAUCAGGAUAUCCUUCAAGCCAUCAACUACGACUUGGACCGCGCGAGACAAUCAGACGAUGCGAACAAGGAAUUUGGGUUUGUUAAACACAUUGUCGAGAUGCUCUUCGAGAUUCACCUUGACGUGUAUGAGAGAAUCACCAACCCCAACAGUGUCGUUGACUACAGCAUCCGCGUUGAAGCCAGGGGUCGCUUGGGUCGGUGGCUAGACAUGGCUUCAGCUUUGCUGAGGGACGCCGCAGAAGAAGGCAACGAAGACUUGACUGGCCGCUUCCUCUGGGCUGCCAUCUUUUCCACGACUCUUACGGAGAACGCGUCGAGAGAGUACAUUCUGCAGUGCUGGACCAGUUUACGAGAUUUUCUCGCAGAAAGUGGGAUUGAUCAACUACUACUUCCGAAUAAUCCGGUGAUACCUGAAAUUUCGGAGGCGGCGGCCGAUAGAGAGAUCUCUAAGCUCACCACUAUGGACUUCUUCCUCGGACUCUUCCAGGACAAUGUUAGCGACCCAGUUGCCGUCAUUGAUAACCUUGAGCCCGUCCUCAAUCCAGGGUCUGUUUACGUCACCCUGCCAUCCGAGGAUUCGGCAGAAGACGGAGAAGAGGCAUCUGGCCGCUCCAAUACGAAGAAAGUGCCCAUCAUGGAGUGUGCAAGCCAAAGCCUCCAGGAUCUUUGGAGGUUUUUGUUGGGAACUAGCACGGAACUGCGUCUUUUCCUCUGGACACGACUUAGCGACGCGUAUGCCAGCAUCAAAUAUUCGACGAAACAGUUCUCAUGCCAGCUCAAAGCCAUCGAGAUGCUCACGGCGGAUUUGGAAAGCGACAGUUAUCUCAAGAACGCUCCAGAAACUAGACCGCCGUUAGUGUUGAAGAUGCUCAAAUCGCUGGAUGAUCUACUGAUCACGGCACUUUCGUUGGCUUUGAAUGAUAGCUCCGCGUACGACAUUGUCGAUGAAGACCAUCUCAAAUCGACAUCGGCUGCUCUCAUCAAAUUGAGCUGCAUGCUUCACGUAUCGGCAAUGCAUGAGGACGAAAUUCGCAUCGGUAUGACACGUGUCCCGCCGAGUAGUCCCUCAUUCCAGCCUUUCCUCAACAAGCUGCGUGAGAUUCAAGUGCGUGUAUGGUGCCUCCAGUACACGGUCGUCAAGGUCGGUGUAAACCAAAACGGAAAGAUAUUCCCGAAUCCUGAGAUGGAGUUGGCAGACUUUUUGUCUGCAAUCCAUCAGGUAAUUGGGCUCAGGAAAUGCUGUAAAGCCUCAAACAAGAUUUUCUUGAAGAUGAUGCGGGUUGAGUUGCUCAAGUUCAAGAAGAUUGAAAACUGGGAAGACUAUCUUGGGCAAGUGCUUUACGACCUCCACGGUCUCAAACUUGGUGUCGGUGCUGGAGAGGUUCAGGACCAUGGCUGCCCCCCGGAGAAACUCGAGAAGCGCAACGCCAUGCAGCUUGUGGACAAGAUUACGGUCCUGGCAAGGAGGAUGCCCCGAAAGGACCUCCUCAAGUCAGACCUCAAAACGACCAUCGAGCACAUGCAAGGAGCCAUUGGACAGACAAAGUCGACGCCUCAGAUGAUCCACAACCUGAGGAACUUUACCGAGUAUCUGAAGCGGCCGAUCCACCCCCUUCGGCUUUACCAAGCCCUCACCGGCGGUGUUCAGUUGGACGUCGUAGCUGUAAACACUCCCGAAAGCGCCCUAGCCAGGCACGGCUGGUUCUUCCUCCUAGGCAUGAUUGCCCUGACGAGGUUCAAGCAAGUGGAUUUGAGCAAGCGGCAAACACCAGGUGCAACUGACGACUUGCGGCUCGCGGCCACUUUCUUGCGGCUGCAACUUCAGUUCACUCCAGAUAAGUGGGAUGCCUGGUUCCGCCUAGCCGAGUGCUUCGACUACGAGCUCGAUGAGGCUGUGUUGUGGUCGGCCGACAAGAUGAACAAGGAACGCGGCGAAUUGCUCAAAUUCCAGCGGAAUUCAAUUCAUUGCUAUACUCUAGCGUUGUCUAACUCUUGGGAGGCAGAGAUCGAUGACGAGGACGAGGAUCCGCUCUACGAGCUCUAUCAUAACUUUGCUAUGCGCCUGUACGCAUCCAGCCGCGAGCCUCUUGCUAUGGAGCCCUUCCAACAUGCGGACCAAGAGAGAUUCUUCAUCGAAAGCGAGGGAAAUGGAACCUUCCAAAGGGUCCUUCACGACCAGAUGCAAGACUACAAAGUCUGGAAAUACGCAGCUGGCUUGUUCAAACGUGCCAUGAGGCGUAAACCAAUGGACUGGAGGAAUCCGUACAUGCUUACCAAAUGUUUGUGGAAAAUGUACCAGAAGCCCAUUGACCAGCUUAGCAAAAAGGACCGGGAGACCCGCCCAUCACUUGAGUACUUGAUUUCGGCCCUCGAACACGCUGUCGAAGUUGUUGCGGCGGUGCCCAAAUCGCGGCAUAGCGAUCCUAUCCUGGAGCCGCACUACAAGAUCGUCUCGAUAGUGUACAAGCUGGUUGUUCGAGGCGAGUUGAAGCCACAAGAGGGCGCAGACAUUCUGUCGAGGCAACCAUUUGGUAUGGAACUCGGAGACGAUAUCACUCUUGACGACAACGAAGAUUGGGAGGAAUAUGUGAUCCGGAAUUUGCAUCACUUACGGGAUAAGGACAAGUCCAACUGGCAGCACCGUAUCAUUAUGCGUCAUGCCCGCCUGCUUUUCGAUGAGGAUGGCGAAUCACCCGAGCUUGUGCAAGCCAAGGCAGCCUUCAAUGUCCUUCGAGAAUCCAUGUUUACCAAGACAAUGGUUAUGAAUGUCUGGAAGUGCGACGCGGAGCGUUCUGGGCGCCACCACGUCUAUACGUCCCAGUAUAUCCGCUUCAUGGUCAAGAUUUUGGUGGUUAUGAACGACCGAGUGAAUUUGGAAAUGGUUCUCAGGCGACUUCGGAAGAAGGGCGCCGACUUCUACCACUUUGGCGACUUGUGGCAGAUGUGCUCCAUGGCUUACCUUAGACUUCUACGUCAGGGCUUCCAAAUUUCUCCUACGUUGGAAGACGCUUUCAAGUCGACAUCGAUGGAAGAGCUGGACAUCAUGGCUGAUCGUAUCACGGAGUGGGCCGGAGGUCCGGCAACGGACAUUCCCGCCUUCAACUGCUUGAAGGAGACGAUUGAGUUGAAGAAGCUCAACGGCGGCCUCAUGAAGGCUGGGGCAAUUGACGACCUAAUCAACGACUGUUACGCCAUCAUCUACCAGGAGAUUGGCCCUUCGCUGCCCGGCCCUGAGCCUCACGAAGUUCUUGAAGCACGUGCUAGGGCUCGUGCCAGAGAAGAGGCCGAUGGCGGGAUCGAGCUCAAGCCAUCCACUUCCUUGGGCAACCUGCUGAACCCAUCAUCGGCGCAAGACUCGGGAGCCAAUGGUGAAGGUGAUAAGACGGCAUCGACACUUGAGGCAGCACCCAGGCGCAGGGCGGGCGUUCGUCGGCCUGAUAUCAUUCGCAAGGCGGAACAGGCGUUUGCCCGGUACGGUGAAGCGCCAAAGCCAUCAGUUGCUCCUUCCAAAUCUCGUGUGGGUUCGGUUUCGAGUGGCAGGAACGGAACGCGCACUCCCGUUGGAGACGCCGGGGAGGCCAGUGAUACCGAGGAGCUCAACGAAGGAGACACUGUCGAAGAGAUCGAGGACACGGAGAUGAAGGACGACACUGCCAUGGAUGUUGAUGAAGGGGACGAAACGCUUGCACAGGCCACGGCAGCGUCCAGUCCGCGGGGCAGCAUUCACGAUUCUGCAGAUGAUGAGAGUGAACUUAGCGAUGUUCCGGAUGACUGGGAUGAGCAGCCCCCUCCUUCACUCAUGUUCCCUAAUCUCAGGAAGAGCGUGGAUUCAGGUCGCGCCGAAGAGGCGAAUAACUCUAGUGAUGGCGAUGACGAAGAGGGCGAAGACGGUGAAGAGGAAGAGGAGGGGGAGGAGGAGGAAGGAGAAGAAGAAGAGGGCGACGGCGAGGAGGUUGAGGAAGGUGAGGAGGCUGAAGAAGGUGAGGAAGGCCAGGAAGUUGAGGAGGGCGAUGAAGCUGAAGAAGGUGAAGAGGGUGAGGAAGGCGAUGAGGCCGAAGAAGGUGAAGAGGGCGGAGAAGGCGAAGAAGGCGAAGAAGGCGAAGAGGGUGAAGAGGAUGAAGAGGGCGAAGAGGGCGAAGAUGGCGAGGAGACCGAAGAAGCUGAAGAAGGUGAUGAGGAAGAAGAGGCCGAAGAUGGAGAGGAGGGUGAUGAAGAUGUGGAAGCCGAAGAGGGUGAAGAUGAGGAAGUCGAGGAGGGCGAAGGCGAUGGCGAAGAGGAAGAGGAAGAGGAAGAGGAAGAGGAAGAGGAAGAAGAAGAGGGAGAGGAAGACGAAGACGAGGAUGCGUAG